AUGGCUUCUUACAAAACAGUCUUAACACCACACCUCGAAAUCGCUUACCAUGAGCACGGCUCACCCACCGGCUGGCCCGUGAUCCUAUCCCACGGCUUCCCCUACUCACCAGUCUCCUUCGACACUGUCGUUCCAAUCCUAACAUUACAAGGAGCUCGCGUCAUAGUACCCUACCUCCGCGGCUUCGCACCGACGCGCUUCCUCUCACAAGAUACCACCAGCACAGGAAUCACAACGCAGUCCAACCAACAAGCAGCACUCGGCUCCGACCUCCUUGAUCUCCUCGACGCUCUAGGCAUCGAGAAAGCCAUCCUAGGAGGUUUCGACUGGGGUGGUGUAGCAUCCUGCGUCGUCGCAGCACUUUGGCCUGAACGAGUUGCUGGCUUGGUAAGUUAUGCCGGGUACGAUAUCUACAACGUCGCAAAUGCUCGAGACGAACCGUGUACACCAGAGCUGGAAGCAGUGAUGUGGUACCAGCAUCUCUUCCAAAGUGAGCGCGGUCGGAAAUGUCUCGCGAAAGAUCGGAAAGCGUUCUGUAAACUCCUCUGGAAGCAGUGGAGUCCGACUUGGGAUUUUGAUGAAGAAGUAUUUGAGCGUGUGGCGGUGAGUUGGGAGGGUGAGGAGUGGGUUGAUGUUGUGAUUAGUAUUUAUCGGCAUGCAUUUGGGAAUUUGGAAGGUGAGGAGAGGUUGGAGGGGUUAGAGAGGAGGUUAGAGCUGAAACCGAGGAUUGAGGUUCCGACUGUGACGAUUGAUGGGAUGCGGGAUCCGUUGAAGCCUGGUGGAUCGGAGAGUCAUGGGGAAAUGUUUGCGGGCAGGCAUAAGAGAAGGGUGGUGGAUUGUGGACAUGCGAUGCCUGUGGAGAGGCCGGAGGAGUUUGCGAGGGCGGUGUUGGAUGUUCAUGAGUGGAUUUCUUGA